AUGUUAGGGGAUUCCAAGUCCCCGGCCACCGUGGCCACCUCCACUACCACCACCAGGGUCCGCCUGUCCAAGGACCCCAAUUAUGUCACUCCGGAGGAACGGGAUUGUUGCCGCGCAUCAGGACUUUGCGUCAAGUGUGGUCAGAAGGGCCACGGGAUCAAACAAUGCCCCAAUGGCUGGAAAGCUACCAUCAAGGAGGUAGCUAAGGUUGCAGAGGAAGAAGGGUCGGGAAAAGACUAA